UCUGACUGCGGGACUUUUCCCCAGAACUUUUCUGCCACCGCCAAAAACACCAAAGGCCCGAGAUGGUCCCGGGGAGACACGCGGCGGAAUUCGUGGACGAUCCAAGCCCAGCAACAAACUUCUAUCCAGCAGCGACUGCACAGCAAUAGUACUGCAGGAUGACAGACUCAAAGACUGAAACUCCGACGGAUGCGCCGCCAUCAUACGAGGCACUGUCGGUCCCUCCCCAGGUGCCUCAACCUGGGGCUCCGCCUCGUCGUUUGCGACCUCCCCCACCUCUCGAGUUGCCCGCAUUGAACAUGCUGCGAGGGAAAAGGGUCAUUCUCGCAUCACAAUCGCCGCGACGGAGACAGUUGCUUGCCCAGAUAGGCCUCACAAAUGUCGAGGUUGUGCCUUCCAAAUUCGAGGAGAAUCUGCCAAAAUCGCUCUCGCCCUUUGAAUACGUCCUCGCAACGGCAACCCAGAAAGCAUUGACGGUCUACAAGCAGGAAGUGGACAAUGAAGAGAAGGGCGAACCGGCUUUAAUAAUAGCCGCCGACACGAUCGUGGUCAGUGGCCUCGGCGAGAUUCUAGAAAAGCCUAGGAGUGAGGUCCAUCACAUCAACAUGCUCAAAGGCCUGCGAGAUACCGGGGUGCAUAAAGUCUAUACAGCUGUCGCCGUGAUGACCUCUUUGGAGAGCGCACGAGAUCCAGGCUACGCUCUGGAGACUGCCACGGAGGAGACAACGGUCAAGUUCGAUCAUGAAAUCACGGAUGAGCUGCUGCUGGCGUACGUGCGGACCAGAGAAGGCGCGGACAAGGCAGGAGGCUACGGUAUCCAAGGCACUGGAGCCAUCCUGGUAGAGAGAAUAGAAGGGAGCUUUGACAAUGUUGUUGGACUGCCGCUAAGAACGACGCUGAAGCUCAUAGAGAAAGUGAUGGCUAAGUCGGAUGAUGACGAUAUUCUCACGGGAGAGGCGCUGCUGGAGGAGGACGAACCAAUUGACUAGAAAUUUUUGGGUGCAUCGGGCGGCUGGCGUUCAGGUGGAGGGUGCCAGUACUCGGUAUUGAAUCUGGUAUAGAGAAUUGAAGCAAAUGAGAACGAAAUGCUCAAUAACUGACAUUAUUUGCUAACUCCUGUUUAUCUCAACCAGUCAUAUACAACGGCCCUGUCCGAGGCAUCCCUCAGCUUAUGGAGGCCAUCAUUUCAGAUGCUUGAGUUUUCCAUCG